AUGGAGGCGAGGGCGUCGCCGCGUCCGUCGAUCUCCAUCGGCGGCGGCGGCGGCUUCGGAGCGGGGCGGGGCGACGACAGCGCCUUCUCGUUCCUCUCGAAGGGGUGGCGCGAGGUGCGGGACUCCGCCACCGCCGACCUGCGCCUCAUGCGCGCGCGGGCCGACUCCCUCCGCACGCUCGCGGACCGCGAGCUCGAGAACCUCCUCGCGUCCGCCUCCACCGCGCUGACCUCCGCGCCGCCGCCGCCGCUCGCCGCGGGGGCGCCCAUCGCCGAGCUCGAGUUCGUGCGCACGCGGAUCCAGCCCAAGAUCUCCGAGCUGCGGCGCCGCUACGCGUCGCAGGAGCGGGAGCUCGGCCGCAGGGUGCUCGAGGGGUGGGCGCCGCGCGGGGCGGGGGGACCCGCGCGCGCGCGCGUCGACCUCUCCGGGAUCACCGCCAUCCGCAACGCCAUCGUCUCUGAAGUGGACGGCGGGGAGCGCUGGAGGCGCGCGGUGUGGAGCGGGGAGGUGGAGGCGGGAGAGGGGAAGGAGUGGGAGGUGGUCAGGAUGAUACGCGACGGCAUCAAGAAGUUCGAGCGCCGGAGCCAGACCAGCGAGAUUUUUGAGGGGUUGCGCAGUACCGGCGAGCUCGUUGAGAAAUUCAAGUCCAGCCUGAAAUCAUUCAACAUGGAGUCUCAAGGAUCCAAAGAAAUCCCUCCACUGGAUCUACCUGAAAUACUGGCAAAUCUAGUAAGGCAGUCUGAACCAUUUUUGGAUCAACUUGGUGUACGGAGAGAUCCGUGUGACAAACUAGUGGAGGCAUUGUGUAGAAAACAAAAUCAUUCCCUUUCAGAAGACACAUCCUUGCAUGUAAAUGAUAAGUCAUCAGACGAACUUGACUUGAGAAUCGCAAGCGUGCUUCAAAGUACUGGUUAUCAUGCUGAUGAUGGUUUCUGGAGUGAACCUGCAAAGUAUGAGGUCUCAGACAAUAAAAGACAUGUGGCCAUAGUCACCACAGCAAGUUUACCUUGGAUGACAGGAACAGCAGUUAAUCCAUUGUUCCGUGCAGCAUAUCUUACAAAAGGUACUAGACAAGAUGUGACACUGGUAGUGCCUUGGCUCUGCAAAUCAGACCAAGAACUGGUAUACCCAAAUAGCAUGACCUUCAAUUCACCAGAAGAGCAGGAAUCUUAUAUAAGGAGCUGGCUGGAGGAAAGACUAGGAUUUGAAUCAAACUUCAAGAUAUCCUUUUAUCCUGGCAAGUUCUCAAAAGAGCGGCGUAGCAUCAUUCCUGCUGGUGAUACGUCUCAGUUCAUACCAUCAAGAGAAGCUGAUAUAGCAAUAUUGGAAGAACCAGAACAUCUCAAUUGGUAUCAUCAUGGGAAACGCUGGACUGACAAGUUCAACCAUGUUGUUGGUGUAGUUCAUACAAACUACCUGGAAUAUAUCAAGAGAGAGAAGAAUGGAGCCCUUCAGGCUUUUCUAGUUAAACACAUCAACAAUUGGGUGACCAGAGCAUACUGCGACAAGGUCUUACGUCUCUCUGCAGCAACUCAAGAUUUACCAAAGUCUAUAGUUUGCAAUGUCCAUGGCGUUAACCCAAAGUUCUUGAAGAUUGGAGAGGAAAUAACUUCCAAUAGGGAGAGUGGAGAGCCGCCAUUUUCCAAGGGAGCAUAUUUUCUCGGGAAGAUGGUUUGGGCCAAAGGUUAUAGGGAACUCAUAGAUUUGAUGGCUAAACAUAAAAGCGACUUGGACGGAUUCAAGUUAGACGUAUAUGGAAGUGGUGAGGACUCGCAAGAAGUUCAAUCUACUGCCAGGAAGUUGGAUUUGAGUCUCAAUUUUUUCAAGGGAAGGGAUCAUGCUGAUAAUUCACUGCAUGGGUACAAGGUUUUCAUAAAUCCGAGCAUUAGUGAUGUCCUGUGCACAGCAACAGCAGAGGCUCUUGCAAUGGGGAAAUUCGUCAUCUGCGCAGAACAUCCAUCAAACGAGUUUUUCAUGUCAUUUCCGAACUUCUUGACAUUCAAGACUUCAGAGGAGUUUGUUGCGAGAGUGAAAGAGGCAAUGGAUAGAGAACCCCAGCCGCUGACCCCUGAGCAAAGAUACAACCUUUCGUGGGAGGCAGCGACCGAGAGAUUCAUGGAGUACUCAGACCUUGACAAGGUUCUGAACAAUGAGGCUGCUCAGCCUGGACAAGGUAGGAAUAGAAAGAAUACAAGAACCUCACAGCCUAAUUUGUCUGACAUCAUGGAUGGCGGUCUGGCGUUUGCCCAUCGAUGCUUAACUGGCAAUGAGGUCCUCAGGCUGGCAACCGGAGCCAUUCCUGGUACCAGGGACUAUGAUAAGCAGCACUGUGUGGAUAUGGGUCUCUUGCCUCCUCAAGUACAGCACCCUGUAUAUGGCUGGUGA